GAAGAAUUAAGUCCUGAUAAAAAAAACUAAAUAUUUAAAAAAAACUCCAAUAAAAAUGUUUACGAUGAUUUAAUCUCGGAUGUCUAGGUUUGGUCUAACGUCUUCAAUGUAAUGGAUUAUUAAUUUAAAUAGUUAAAAUUAAAUACAUUAUCAUGUUAUAAAAAAAAUUUUUUAUAAAACGUGUUAAUAUGAAAAAUAUGUACGUCUUGUUCAUGAUUCUAAAUUAUUGAGCCUAAUACUUGAACUAUUAUGAAUACCAAAACGUAGUCGGUAAAUAUUUAAAUUUAUAACCAUGUUAUUUAAAGCUAAAGUUUUAUUGAUUGGAAUCAUACUCACGUUAGUCAUCACUUUAUUAUUGUCACUAUUAUAUGUCCGAGAAUUAGAAAAUGGUGGGAGUGUACAGUUAAAAGAACAGGUGCCUAUUUUAAAGAGCAAUAAACUCGGCAUUGUAAUACCAUUUAGAGAAAGAUUUGAUGAGCUUUUAGAAUUUAUACCACACAUUCAUUCAUUCCUGGAAAAUCAAAAUGUACUGCAUGAAAUAUUUGUUAUCAACCAAGUUGAUCAGUACCGUUUUAACAGAGGUUCAUUGAUAAAUGCUGGCUUUAAAGAAAUAAUUUCAUCGUACAAUACCAUUGAUUACAUUGCCAUGCACGAUGUUGAUUUAUUGCCUCUAAACCCUGCUCUCGAUUAUCAUUACCCUCCAUCUGGUCAUGUUAACCAUAUAUCUGCACCUCAUUUACAUCCUCGGUAUCAUUAUGCUUCAUUUGUAGGGGGCAUUCUACUUAUUACCAAAGAAGACUUUAUGCAAAUGAAUGGCUUAAGCAAUAACUAUUGGGGUUGGGGACUUGAAGAUGAUGAGUUUUAUUUACGUCUUAAGGAAGCAAAAAUAGGAAUUCAUAGACCAGGAAAUUUAACAACUGGCACAUUAAAUACAUUCAGGCACAAUCAUGAUAGAGCUAUUAGAAAACGAGAUAUGACUAAGUGUUAUAACCAACGUGAAGUAACAAGAAAACGAGACAGACAUACAGGAUUACAUAAUGUCAACUAUGUUCUAAAAAAAAAACAUGAAUUGCUCAUUGAUGGUGUAUCUUCUAUAGUAUUAAAUAUUAAUUUAAAAUGUAAUAAAACCUUAACUCCUUGGUGCUUAUGUUCAGAAUAUAGUGUAAAAAAUACAAAAAAUUUGAAAAAAGAGUAAUUAAAUCUUAUAUUUAAA